GGUCGGAGUCGGGGGCCCGGGUCCUAACGCCGGGCCGGGCAACCUGAGAAAGAAGCCAGGGAGAGGCCGGAAGCGCUCGGAAGUCAGGUGCUCGCCCGGCCGCGCGAGCGAUUGGCUUGGAGGGACGUGAAUGAUGCCGCUGUGAUUGCUGAAUUGUCUGGGCAGGGUUGGAGUCUCUGGUAAGCUCCUCUGACCCGGGCAUCCUUCUAGAGAGGAAGAGGAGGAAGAGGCCUGCUUUGUCUGGAACCAGUGGUCCCAUCUCCAUCCGGAGCCCUGAAUGCCCACUCCGGUGUCGUCAACAUGGAGUUCUGAAGUCCAUGUGGCUCCUCACAGUGAACCAGGUCUUAAGGAAAAUGCAGAGACGCCACAGCAGCAACACAGAUAACAUUCCACCUGAAAGGAACCGCAGCCAGGCGCUCAGCCCCGAGGCGAGUGUGGAUGAAGGGGGCGUCUUUGAGAGUCUGAAGGCAGAGGCGGCCUCCCCGCCGGCGCUCUUCUCGGGCUUGUCCGGCCUCCCGCCCGCCGGCCUGCCCGCCACCCCGUUCCCCUCCGGCCUGGUGCUCGGGGCCUCGGCCGGCGGCGGGGACGUCUUCAUCCAGAUGCCCGGGUCCCGGGAGGAGGCGGGGGGCCGCGGCGAGGGGGGCGCCUACCACCACCGCCAGCCCCACCACCACUUCCACCACGCGGGCCACCGCGGCGGCUCGCUGCUGCAGCACGUGGGCGCGGACCCCCGCGCGCACGCGGACGAGGGGGGCGACGAGCAGCCGGGCACGCCCGCCCCCGCCCUGUCCGAGCUCAAGGCCGUGGUCUGCUGGCUUCAGAAAGGGCUGCCCUUCAUCCUGAUCCUCCUGGCCAAAGUGUGCUUCCAGCAUAAGCUCGGCAUCGCCGUGUGCAUCGGGAUGGCCAGCACCUUCGCCUACGCCAACUCCACGCUCCGAGAACAGGUCUCUCUGAAGCCUCAUAUUCCUGAAGCCCAACCUGGACACGCUGGACUUCUUCGACCUGCUGUGGAUCGUGGGGAUUGCAGACUUCGUCCUGAAGUACAUCACCAUUGCCCUCAAGUGCCUCAUCGUGGCCCUGCCCAAGAUCAUCCUGGCCGUCAAGUCCAAGGCAAAGUUCUAUCUGGUCAUCGAGGAGUUGAGCCAGCUGUUCCGAUCGCUUGUCCCCAUCCAGCUGUGGUAUAAGUACAUCAUGGGUGAUGACUCCUCCAACAGCUACUUCCUAGGAGGGGUCCUGAUCAUUCUCUACAGCCUCUGCAAGUCCUUCGACAUCUGUGGCCGUGUGGGCGGGGUUAGGAAAGCCCUGAAGCUUCUCUGCUCCUCUCAGAAUUACGGCGUCCGCGCCACCGGGCAGCAGUGCACAGAAGCUGGCGAGAUCUGUGCCAUCUGCCAGGCUGAGUUCCGGGAGCCUCUGAUCCUCAUGUGCCAGCACGUGUUCUGUGAGGAGUGUCUCUGCCUCUGGCUGGACCGGGAGCGCACCUGCCCGCUCUGCCGCUCGGUGGCCGUGGAUACGCUGCGCUGCUGGAAGGACGGGGCCACUUCGGCCCACUUCCAGGUGUAUUAGGGCUGACGACUGAGGCGUCAGAGCUCCCAGCCCCCCUGGGAGAGGACGGGGUUCCAGCUCUGGGGCCUCCCUGGAAGACAGCCUCGAGCACUUACUCUCCUGCCUCCACCUUUCUCCGCCUCUUUCCCUAAAGCCAGGCCCCGCCCUCCCCACCUGCCCUUCCUCCCUUGCCCUCUGGCAUAGUGCGGGCAUCCUUCCCCUACAGAUGGGGAAGCCUCCAGCUCAGACUUGAUCUCCGCCCAGACAGGUCUCCCAUCUCCCCUCCAAGGCAAGGAACCAGAAUAGACAAGUCCCGCCUGUUGGUUAUUUUAACUCCUGGCGGCCUUAAUGAGGAUGCCGCAAACUGGGGAGGGGCCUAGAGAUCACGGCCUCCCCACAGUGGUCCAGGGCUGCAGAGUAGAAUCACUGUGAAGUAUUUUCCCAAUACAAAUGCUGGGCUCCACCUUAUGCCUGCAAUAACUAGUGUACCACACACUUAGUGUGAGCCAGGCACGGCCUCGAGCAUCCUGCUCGGAUGACCUCCUGGAAUCCUACAGCAGCCCUAUGGUGCAGAUACUGUUUCCUCUAUUUUACAGAUGAGGGAGCUGAGGCACAGAGCUCCAUGUGGUACCUUUCCCAGGGUCUUCCAGCUAGCAAUGGUGGACCAAAUUUCCCCCCAGGCUUGGCUGACCUCAGAGCCCGCACUCUUAACCACUGUGCUGACCCGCCACUCAGCCCCUGCAGGCAUGGCACCCAGCAGGAUGUGGUUUUUUUAACAGCACAAGAGGUGAUUUUGAUGCCCCUUAGUGGCCCAGGUGCACAGCGUGUUCUUUUGGACUGCACUGAGAAUGCUAACGGUGAACGCGAGCUCCUGAAAUCUCGGUGUGGCUGGGCCAUGGAAAGGCUGAGUCCUUAAGAUUGCUGUUUUGCUGGGCUCUGCCUGGGAUGCUCCAUCACGUUUGGGUAUCAAGAAAGGCCAGCUUUGGUCCAACCACAGAUAUCCCUGGGUCUCCACACCCAUCUUUAUUUCUCUCCUCCUCCUCCUGUUCUUGUCCUCUCCCUCACUUAAGCCUUAGGCUUGUCAGCAGCUCCCAUGGCCAUCACCUCCCCUGGUAACCUUCAGAGCAAAAGGGACGAUCCAUGUUAUGGAUUUUUCCACAAGCCGGGGUGGUAGCAUAGAGCACAGUAGCCAUCAGUGUGUCUGUAAUCUCUAUACCAGAGCUACUAAUAUCUACGACAGAACAACUUCUCCACCCAUGAGACCCUCCCUGCUUUUAAAAUCUGGGAGGAGAUGGCACAGGUGGUCAUUUAGAAGCCACUGGAAUCUUGCCUGUCCUACCCCUCUCACAACUCUGUUCUCUCAUUGUCACCCUCAGCACAAUGGGCUAGCGCCAAUGGCAUUACAGAGAAAGCAGUCUGUGUGGCUAGUGAGCAGAUUGGUGAGAACGCCCCAGGAGAAACGGUGGGAGCCUUGCUGCCACCUCGCUCUCAGCCACGCCCACCCCAUCCGCAAUAAGAUUCAGGACAUUUGCCCUUAUGUGCUAUCCAGCCAGGACCUUUUCCUUUGUCUGACAUCCCUGGCUCUUUCCUGGUACCCAGCAAGACGUCCCUUCCAGGGCAGCAUGGCGUCUUUCAAGCUCUGUUACUAUGGCAAUGGCCGUGCUGUUACAAUCCCACUUGCCUGGAUAAUCAAGUCAAAAGGGGAUGCGGAGGGACACAGGGACAGGUGGAUGUGGCUGCUCUGUUCUCCCUGCCUUGGGGAACAACCGAAGGGAAGCAACAGGAGCUUCUGCAACUGGUUUUUAUCAGAAAGAUCUCCCUGCCUGCAGAUGCCAUCAAAGAGGCAGGAGAAAUUGGAGCCGGAGAAGACUUAUUACGGUGCCAGCGUGCGACAGAGCAGACAGAGCAGUCUGUUGGGAGUCAGGACUGGAAUUCUGAUUCCAAACUCUGCAUGACUUUGGGAAGUUACUUCACCUCCUGUAGCCAUCUCCAGGGUGACCAAACCUAGUGUAUUAUCUGUUAGAACCAGGGAAACUAACAAUGUAGAUUACUGGUGAAAACACCAGUGGUUUCGUCAAUUACACUCAAGCCACAAAAAAAAAAAAAUAUAUAUAUAUAUAUAUAUAUUCUAACAUUCUGCAAAUAACGAGCCAUGCCCUUGAUGCUAUAAAGAGUGUCUCAUGUAGGGGACACUCGGGGACAAGUGAGAAAGUGAGAUAGUUUAUUUAGGGUUUUAUUUAGUCAUUCCCAACUCUCUGGGGGGAUGUCCCAUCUGAAGGCUUUCUUUUGGGUGGAACGAUUGAACUUCUGCUCUAAAGAGGAACAGCAGCCAGUGCAGAGUUUCCCAGACGUCAGGCUGCGUGUAUUCCCCAACACGAGUGUAAAAGCAGCCAAGAGCCACCGUUCAAAGGAAGAACGAAGCCACUCUCCUUCGCCCAUCUUGGCUCGCAGCUCACGUAUUAGAAGCAGGAUUAAUCGAGUUUCAGAUCAGACUCUCCUGCUCUGAUUCACUGACUCACGUUCCGCGAAGUCCUUGCAAAUGGCCCCUAAUGUAAGAAAUCUCAAGCAUAAUAAAUGGGAGAGAAUAAAAGGGCACGCUUUGGACCUGGAUGAAACAGGUUCCUCACCUUCCUAAGAGGAGAGUGCACGAAGCAUUGGGACAUGUCCCGGCCACCAAGACUGGGGGCUGGAAAAGGGAAAUGGAAAGCGAGUCCUGGAAUCUCUUAGUACUUUUGCUCUGGGCUACACCGAGCCACCUUUGGUGUUUUUAAUGUCCCCUAAGUUCCCUUCUGCCAAUAAAUAUCAUCUGUCAAUGAAA